AUGCGCUUUGCCAAGAAGCACAAGAAGGGCCGGAAGAAGAUGCAGGCCAACAACGCCACGGCCACGAGCGCACAUGCCGAGGUAUCAGGCCCUCGGGAAGCCCAAGGAGAUCAAGCCCAAGAUCCCAAAGGGCAGCCGCCAGCCGUAAGUUCAAUCAACUUGCCGACAUCAUUCACCCCAAGCGUGGGAAGUGUGCUUGGCCCACAUACCCAAGGCUCUCAGGCCCUGCUGGCCAAAGGCCAAGGCCAGGCUCAGACCAAGACCCAAGCUGCAGCUGCACCUCCGGCUCCAGCUCAGGCUCUGGCUCCCAAAGAUGCCCAGGGCCCCACGAAGGCUCUAGAGUAG